GCGUGUGUGACCUACCCAUUGCCAUUGGCUUUGGGGUGAGCACUCGUGAGCAGUUUCAGACCAUGGCUGGGUUGGGUGAUGGUGUGGUCAUUGGUAGUGCCGUGUGUAAGGCCAUAGUGGCGGACGAGAGCGUGGCGCCUGCUGAGGCUGCCGCAGCCUUCGUUGCCAUGGUGACGGGGCGGAGUGCAGAGCAAGUCAGCCAAGCAGCAUCACAAACUGCCGCAGGAAGCGAUGACUCUUGGAAAUUUAAAGCCAGCACUGAACUAGACACCGAGGCUAACGAUGCCGAGUUCACCUUCGGCGAUUUCGGUGGACGUUAUGUACCAGAGACUCUAGUCGAUGCCUUAGACGAGCUAGACAGAGUGUGGAAGGAACUGAAAGACGACCCUGCCUUCUGGGAAGAGUUCCGUUCUUACUACCAAUACAUUGGGCGCCCGGUAAGGAUGUAG